UUUUGCUGUCAGGAGAUUGUUUAUAACAGACGUUGCCGUAACGGACGGACAAAGGGACUGACAACUUGAUGCUGAUAGGAACAUCUAAAGUUUGUGGGAGUCUCCGAAUUUUUCGUCUGGGCGUUGCAAACGUUUUGACCAAAGGACGGGUGGCAGGUAUAAAAAUGGGCGUGUUUGUCCUAGAGAACGGGUAAAAUGUUCUACUAGACAUUGAAUUGAAACAUGGUGAAAUUAUUACCCACGAUCACCUAAAAAGUCAUUGUUAUAAAGAACUCCAUUGAUCGGCUCACACAUCUACAGUUGACAAAAUGCUUGACACUUUUUAGAUGUUGGUUUGUUAUCAAAAAAAAUCAUAACUUUUUUACCCGUUUUUGUUUUAUUGUUUUUAAAUUUAAUGAGGCUUAACAAGCUUUAUUUACAUAAAUGAUUGUUCCACCCGACGAAUUAAGAUGAAAUAUAAUAGAUAAAGAGCAUCAGAAAAUGUUGAACAAUUGUUUUUUUAGAAAAAACAACUCAAUUAAGAAAAUCUAAACAGAUCGAAAUAACAUAAAUCAUCAGAUUACAAUGCCCGUCAUAGCUAAAUAGUGUUGACAUGUUUUCCGUUUAAUUUCAAUUAACUGACAAAAUUCAUGUUUCCUUCUAAUGGCUUGCUUGGAAUCAUAUAAAGACAACUGAAAACGCGGGAAAAAUUGCUAGUAUUGAUUAGAAACGCUCUGAAUUAACUUCAACUUGAGAAAUGAAAUUUUUAAGUAUUUUUUUCAUUUUCGGUCUGCUCACUGUAUUGGGUACAUUAACAACUGGGGUCUUAAGUGAACCUUUGCCGCAACCAAGAGGUCGUCCGGCUACUACACGACGCCCGAAAAAUGAUAACGACGAUACUGGUGAAAAACGUUAGCUGGAGGUGGAAGAGUCAUCCAAGAGACGUGUUAGUUGCUCAUCACCUAGACAAAUUGACGAACGUAGAAUUGCGGUACAUUGUUAUGGCGAAGAAAAAUUACAAUCGGUGGAAAUUUUAUUAAUUUAAAAUAUAUAUAUAAAUAAAGCUUAGUUUUUUUCCAUUAUGAACCACUCUCCGAAAUACUUUGAAUAAAAUUUUGAAAAAACAAUUCCCCUCCAA